UGGUGUGGUGUUGUCGGGAGGAGGAGGCCGGGGCUGGAGUGACGCUCGGGAACCGGCGGUCGUGUUGCUGUCCGUGUCUCUGUCGGCGACCUGGGCAAGUCGCAGGGCUUCCACACCACUGCAGCGGGCCGUCACAGGUUAACUCGGCGGGGCCGACGCCCCUCUCCCCAACGCAAGGCCCCGGCCCCAGCCCCCAGCCCCAAGGCCUCGGCCUGUAGGCCCCGGGUGGAGGGGGGACGCCUUCACCUUCAUCCCCAGCGGAGGCUGCGGCGGCAUCGCUCCGGGGGGAGGGCCCCCGGGGGGCCGGCACACAGAAGCCACCAUGUCGGAGCUGAAGUCGGCAUCGGACACCUACAAGGGCUGGCUCUUCAAAUGGACCAACUACAUCAAGGGCUACCAGCGGCGGUGGUUCGUGCUGAGCAACGGGCUGCUCAGUUACUACAGGACCCAGGCAGAGAUGGGGCACACGUGCCGUGGGACGAUCAACCUCGCCACGGCCAACAUCACAGUGGAGGACUCGUGCAAUUUCAUCAUCUCCAAUGGGGGAGCCCAGACUUACCACCUAAAGGCCAGCUCGGAGGUUGAGAGGCAACGCUGGAUCACAGCCCUGGAGUUGGCCAAGGCCAAGGCUGUCAAGAUGCAAGCUGAAUCAGAUGACUCUGCCGAUGAGGAGCCGGCCUCUCAGACGGAUAAGACAGAAGUGCAGAACACGUUGAGGACCCUCACUAGCAAGGUGGAGGAUCUAUCGACGUGCAACGACCUCAUUGCGAAGCACGGCACGGCCUUACAGCGUUCGCUCAGCGAGCUGGAGAACCUCAAGCUGCCUCCGGAGAGCUCUGAGAAAAUCAAGCAAGUCAACGAGCGAGCUACGCUCUUCCGAAUCACCUCCAACGCCAUGAUCAAUGCAUGCCGGGACUUCCUGCUCCUGGCUCAGACUCACAGUAAGAAAUGGCAGAAAGCGCUGCAGCAUGAGCGGGAGCAGCGGAUCCGGCUGGAGGAGACCCUUGAACAGCUGGCCAAGCAGCACAACAACCUGGAGCGAGCGUUCCGCGGCGCUACGGUCCUGCCACCCUGCAGUACGCUCAGUGUCGGCUCUGUCAAAGGGAGCACCAGUAGCCGGGAUCUGAGUGACGAGGAUGACGAGAAUGAAUUCUUUGACGCAAUGGAGGAUGUGGCGGAGUUUAUCACUGUCCAGGCGGACUCGCGGUACCACAGGCGGACGGGUAGCAAUAUCAGUGGAGCCAGCAGUGAGGGAACAUUCGAGGAUCAAUUGUUAGAUGAGCAGAUGUCCAGCAGCAACACUAGCUCCAGCACCAGCACCAUUGAACUGGUGAGCAAAGAGCCAGCGACCAAGCGGAACCGGAGGACCAGCAUCCCUGACAAGCCCAACUACAGCCUCAACCUCUGGAGCAUCAUGAAGAACUGCAUCGGCAAGGAGCUAUCCAAAAUUCCCAUGCCCGUUAACUUCAACGAACCCCUGUCGAUGCUGCAGCGACUAACGGAGGACCUGGAGUAUCACGAGCUCCUGGAUAAAGCCUCCAAGUGCGAGAAUGCCUUAGAGCAGCUGUGCUACGUGGCUGCCUUCACUGUGUCCUCAUACUCCACCACCGUCUUCCGAACGGGAAAGCCUUUCAACCCUUUGCUUGGGGAGACCUUCGAAUUGGACCGGCUGGAAGACGAAGGCUUCAGGUCGAUCUGCGAACAGGUCAGUCACCAUCCUCCGGCUGCUGCACAUCAUGUAGAUUCCAAGUAUGGCUGGACGUUGAGGCAAGAGAUAGCUAUCGCUAGCAAAUUCAGGGGAAAGUAUCUCUCCAUCAUGCCCCUGGGCACCAUCCAUUGCGCCUUCCAUCAAAGUGGCAACCAUUACACGUGGAAGAAAGUCACCACCACUGUGCACAACAUCAUAGUGGGCAAGUUGUGGAUCGACCAGAGUGGGGAAGUUGACAUCAUCAACAGGAAGACAAGGGACAAGUGCCACUUGAAGUUCGCACCUUACAGCUAUUUCUCUCGGGAUGUGGCAAGGAAGGUCACUGGCGUUGUAACAGACAGCAUGGGGAAAGCUCACUUCAUUCUUUCUGGGACGUGGGACGAAAAGAUGGAAUACUCGCGGGUCCUGCACAGCAGCAAAGGGGAGAACAGUGCAGAGGGGAGGCAGAAGACUGUGUACGAGACUCUGCGAGGGAAGGAGCUCUGGAGAAGGCACAAAGCACCAGAACGUGCGGAAUCCAUGUACUACUUCUCGGAGCUCGCUCUGACCCUAAAUGAGCUGGAGGAGGGUGUGGCCCCCACCGACAGUCGCUUACGGCCGGACCAGAGGCUGAUGGAGAACGGCAGGUGGGACGAGGCCAACAUGGAGAAGCAGCGACUGGAGGAGAAACAGCGGGCUGUGCGACGCAAGCGAGAGUCGGACAUGAGCAAGAUGUCAGAUGGGCAAACGCACUCCGUGGACUCAUCCUAUCGGCCACUGUGGUUCGAGAAACGGGAGGACCCUUUCACCAAAGAGCUGGUGCAUCUCUACAAGGGUGGAUACUGGGAGGCGAAAGAGAAGCAAGACUGGAACCUGUGCCCGGAUAUCUUCUGAAGUCCAGUGCCUGCUGCUGCCUGGUGCUGGGUUUGUGUGUGUGUGUGUGUGUGUGUGUGUGUGUGUGUGUGUGUGUGCGCGCGUGAGUGGGCGACUGUGCUGGACUCCGGACUUGGACUGAGCGAUCGCUUCUGUCUGUCUGUCAUGGCCCCGAUGCGAGAGAUCCAGCAGGAAGAGCCCGACAACUGAGGCGGGCAGGGCCAUCGGUUGCUCAUCCCUACUUUCUCUUCCAACAGCUCUCACCCCCCCCCCCCCCC